AAAACCCUAUAAAACACCACUCAUUCUUCCCCUUCUCCCACCACCAAUACCCCAAAAUCCCUUCAUUUUUCUUGUGAAGAAAAACCAAAGAAGGAUCCAAAUGGCUUCCAAAGCUACAGCCUCUCUUGCUUUCCUUCUUUCUCUCAAUCUCCUUUUCUUUUCCCUCGUCUCAGCUUGUAAUAAUUGCUAUGUCCCUGCCCCACCCAAGCCAAAGCCAUGCCCUCCAGUGGUCAAGCCCAGCCCUUCAUCUGGCUAUGGAAAAUGCCCUAGAGACACCCUUAAGCUCGGUGUCUGCGCCAAGCUGCUCGGUGGCCUUGUCGACAUUACGAUCGGCAAGCCCCCAGUGACCCCAUGCUGUAGUUUGAUUGAAGGUCUUGCUGAUCUUGAAGCUGCUGUCUGCCUUUGCACUGCCAUUAAGGCUAACCUUUUGGGCCUCAACCUUAACCUUCCUGUCUCCCUUAGCUUGCUCCUUAAUGUUUGCCAAAAGAAUGUUCCCAAGGGAUUCCAGUGCUGAGUUUAAUUAACCAGUACCUUCUCUA